AGCAAAGGAUCAUUGCCGAAGAAGUAUCCUCUUUGCCUGGUUACCUAUCUUCCUACGCCUCUUUGCAAAACUUGUCCUGAGCUGUGCGCGCAUAGUAUCGCGGCUGCAAAGUCGAUCUUCAGCCACCGUGCCGCUAGACCACUGCACGAAACACAACAUGCUGGCCAGCAUCGUUUUGGAUCAGAACUUCCCAUCCUAUACAAAUCUAGACUACAUCUCCGGAAAAGUUUUCGUGCGGACACAGACAGCAACCACAGUGUCCAGCAUCGUUGUCAAACUCGAAGGAGAAUCGAGGACGAGACUAUUGCCACCACCAAAUCCGAGUAAUGAUAGACAGAAGCCUCAGCUGGAGUUUCACAAGAUUCUCUAUAAAACUGUAGCCGUGUUCCCACCUCCAGAAGUUGCAGGACAACAGCAAGGUGCCUCAGGAUCGUUGUCUGGAAAGACAGCAUAUACUCUGCCAGCGGGACAACACGAGUACCCGUUUCAGUUCAAGUUUCCCUUCAACAAUGCAUGCGAUCCAUCAUCCAACUCCAACCCGACGAUAAGCUUGUUUGGGGGCCUGAACGUGGAGAUGUACAAGACACCGCAUAGCCACGUCAAGAAGACACUGCCGCCAACGCUGGUAGGAUUCCCCGGAGAGGCUGAGAUUCGUUACUACGUCAAGGCAACUGUGAACCGACCCAGUCUUUUCAAGGAGAAUGCUCGCGCCUAUGUACCUUUCAACUUCUGCCCCAUCGAGCCUCCACGCCCACCACCAUCAGACGCUUUGGGAUAUGCACGCCGCCGACAUCAAUUCAACGUGAACCUUCCAACCACACCGACAGCAGCUCCCAGCAAGUCCAAGAUGGCUUCAUUCUUCGGUGGCUCCAAAAAGACCACUGAAAGUGCCUCUGGAGCCACGACUCCCACGGCCCCAUUCAUAGCUGUCGACAUACGCAUUCCAGAGCCCGCCAUCUUGACUUGUGCUAGACCGGUCCCCGUUCGACUUAUAGUCACAAGUCUCAACGGCACAACUACUGCAUUGACGCUCUCCUCGCUGCAGCUCGAGGUCGUGGCAAUCACGAAAGUACGUGCACAAGAUGUUGGCAGGGUUGAACGCAGCAGUACAGUAUUGUUCUCUCGAAGUGGUAUGGCAGUACCCCUACACUUUGGUGAUAGUGCCACCAGAGGUGCAUCUGCACCUAACACUAAGGAAACCGAGCUGGAGGCUGAAAUUGACGCUCGACUCUGGAACGAGACACCUUUACCGAAUGUCGUACCGCCCAGUUUCGAAACCUGCAACAUUGCUCGCACGUACGAGAUUUUUGCUCGUAUUGGCAUCCACUAUGAUGGUCCUGGAUCCAUGCCACAAACCACAACCAUAGAUCUGCGCCUACCCGUCCAGAUCUUCUCAGGCAUUACACCACCGCCCGAACUCCUAGAUGCCAUGGCACGAGCUCAGGCUCACAAUACAGGCGACAUCUCUUCUGCUCCACCGAUGCCUCCUCGCCCCAGCUAUCCAACAGACACCAAGACCCCGUCAGGAGCACCGCCCCUGCCUGCUCGCAAACCAGUUGCCUCUGCAGCAACAGCGGAGACUGUGCACCAGCCACUCCAGCAGGUAGACCACUCGGGCGAGGAGCCACCAUAUGGAGAUGCGCCACCCAGCUAUGAAGAUGCCAUGGCCACGGACGUGCAGCCCAUGGAAGGUGUUCGAAGAGCGGAUUAUGCGCCACCUACCCUGGCCGAGGAUCCUUUGUUAAAUUCUGGCAGAGGCGAGAAGAGCGGAUGGCAUUGAGAAGGCAUCGUCACUAAUGGGAGGACAGGAAUGAAUCUUAGCGGAUACCCAAGGGGUCUACAAGUACACUAAUAAUUAAUCAUCACCAUCUCCUUACCUCGAUAGAAUGCGGUUGAGCCAUCCAAAAAGCAUCUGCCUCUUCUUCAGGCCAGCGACAGCAGAGUGGGUCUUAGGAGUAUGAGUAAGAACGUAACCAAGCAUCACAAUCAAGUUGGAAUCAGUUCUAGACAGAGCAAUCGGCUUCUGUGGGUGCAUUAUUUUCGAUACUGAGCUAAAAAGACCCAAUACUAACGUUGCUGGUGUAUUUACCCGACCACUGGGAGUGAGUGCAGUUUCUCUUUCGGCUUCUAAUCGAGCCUUGAUACCACGAAUUGGCGGCGGAGCUAUCUGAAGCGUGCCGGUUUCCGUAACUUCUGGAAAAAGAGGCGAACCUUCCGCAUUACAGUCUUCU